AUAUCAUGUGUCGAGGAGGGUUGAAGGGGCCUAUCAUUGUGGUCUGGUCAUUUUUGGAAGAGCAUAAAACGCAUAAAAAAUUUAUUGAUUAGGCUCAUGCUGCGUCGUUACGCAGCUCGGUCCGAAACAAAUCUCUUAGCUUGAUGUGGAACCUUUAUGACUUUAAUAGAUUUUGCUGUACGCCAAGGGAAAGGAUUCAGAUCAGAAAGUAAGCAAAUACACAGGAGAAACCUAGGACCAUGGUGGUGGCCAAGACGGCUGGAAGAACAUAUGGUGCUGCGUUCUCGGUUUUGCGCCCUUCUACAUCUGAUGCCAUGUCCCGUGCCCAUAGUUGCUGUGGAGACUCGUCGUCGACCCGAAAGCCGUUUGAGUGUAACCGAGCUUGAAAGCUUUGAUCAUUUAGUCGCUCGUUCUCAGUUUUCUCAAUAGUAAAAAUCCCUGAUUGGUAAAUCGGUAUCCAGCCUGCGUUCGAGAACUGAACCACGAAGCCCUUUGAUGAAAAUUUAGUAGAUUAAAA